AGUGUCACGCUGCCGGGGGUGGUGGGAGAGAAGCAGAGAAGCAGAGAAGCUGGAGAGCAAUGUUUCAUGGUUCUUCUCCCCUCCCCCGAUCUAGCCGCUCAGGCCAUCUCAUCGCCGGCAGGCAGCAUAAAGAAUAAAACUGCAGGCUCGCCUGAGGGGCAAUCCUUGUGUCUGGACCUUACAAGCACUGACUGUCGCAGAGAGAGGUGCCGUGGCGUGGGUCGCUGUUCGCUGUAGAUAGAGCAGUGAGUGUGUGAAAUCUACCGGAGCGGGUCGUAUAGAGCAAAGAUCUUAAAGCGGAUAAGAUCUUUGGUAUAGAGUGGCAUGUGGAGAAGGAAAAAGGCUACACUCGGGGUGCUGCUGCCAGCUUGCGUUUCUGCCCAGAUGUAGUCAUGGGACAUCUUGAGUGAAAAACAGCUGAUUUGAUCGACUGCAGAAUUGCGACCUGUGAAGAUUGAGUGUGAAAAUCAAGUGACAGAAGAGGCUCUGCUCUGUUACGGUCCCAACGAGGCAGCAAUGCCACUACUGGAAGAAGCCACUCUCCUGGGAGACGUCUCAUUAAAUGUCCCCGUCGUCGUUAUCGGAAAUGGUCCCUCUGGAAUAUGUCUUUCCUACCUGCUGUCUGGAUACAGACCGUUCAUGGCAUCUGGAGCUGUACAUCCAAACCCAAUCCUUCACAACAAAUUGGAAGAAGGAAUUCAUUUUUCGGUUGUAGAUCAGGAUUUGGAAUACCUUUCGGAAGGGCUUGAAGGCAGGUCUUCGAACCCAGUGGCACUGCUCUUUGAUACCCUCCUUCAUCCUGAAGCAGACUUUAGGUUCGAUUAUCCUUCAGUCCUACAGUGGAAACUAGAGAAACACAACGGCAUUCCUCACGUAGUGCUGGGGAAAGGACUGCCUGGUGGUGCAUGGCAUAUGAUGGAAGGGUCCAUGCUAACAAUUAGCCUGAACAAUUGGAUGGAGCUACCAGGCUUGAAGCUAAAAGACUGGACCAAUGGUAAAUGGAGGAACCUGAUGAACGAUAGAGCAACAACAGAAGAAUUGGCUUCAUAUUAUAAAGACUAUGUUAAGAUUAUGGGUCUGCAGAAAAACUUUAUUGACAAUACCUGUGUCACUUCUGUCUCAAAGAUUCAGCAAGAUCAGAAGUGUGCAAAGGGCAAAAUGCCGAAGAGCGUCAAAAUAGAUUCCACCACACCGCAGCUGUUUACGCCUGACAAUGGAUUGCCUCCCAGCCUUUGGGAAGUCCGAGGAUAUCAGAGAAUUGGAGAUGGAUCACAUGUGCCUUUUUGCCUUUAUGCUGAAAAUGUUGUCUUGGCCACCGGCACAUACGACUUACCAGCUAGACUCGGGGUGGAGGGUGAAGACCUGCCCUUUGUCUUUCACAACGUCUCGGCCUUCGAGUUGGCCGUCCAAAGCUGCAAGGUGGGUCAGGCGUCGGAUCCCGUUCUCGUCGUGGGGGCCGGGCUGACCGCGGCCGACGCGGUGUUGUGCGCGCACCGCCACAGCGUCCCCGUCGUUCACGCCUUCCGGAAAAGCGUCACCGACCCAGCCCUGAUCUUCAAGCAGCUUCCAAAGAAGCUUUAUCCUGAGUAUCACAAGGUCUAUCACAAGAUGUGCAAGCAGGGCUACAUCAACACCUCCCACUCUAACUACACGAGCUUUCCCGAGACACGCAUCGUCUCGUUCCUACCAGAUAUGAAAUGCACUCUUCAACCAACUUCAGGAAGGAACAUCGUUCUAAGUAUCUCAAUGGCCCUGGUGCUGAUAGGUACCUACCCUAAUUUGUCCUUUCUUAAAGAGCAUGGGAAGCACCUGGGAUUAGAUCCAAGUAAACCCAUUUCCUGUAAGCAAAAUCCCAUUGACAUUAAUCCCUACACAUUUGAGUGCACCAAAGAGGAUAACAUUUUUGCUAUGGGUCCGCUAAUCGGGGAUAACUUUGUCCGCUUCCUCAAAGGCGGUGCUCUGGGGAUCACGAGUUGUUUAGUGAAACGCCUGAAGGAAAAGGGACAACUAAUUUCUGAAACUGGAAGCGAUGACGGGUAGCAUGAGUCAUAAACGGUUAAUUUAGAACUAUUCUACUUUCGACCAAAAGUCGCCAAACAACUGUCUUGAAGAAACAGAUUCUGGAUGGAAAAGAAUCAGUCAGUGCCCUGUUCACCUUCGGAUGCCGGAAGUGGGGGAAAUAGUUUAGUUAAUUGUUAGUGUGCUCAGCAGUAACAUGCACAUUUUUGUACUUUGUGAAAUGCUCAGUUCUUUCCGCAAGAAGGGCCGACAAGCUUAGCAAGCAAUGGGUAAGCAGUUCUGGGAAAAGUCCAUCUUUAAAAUUGGAUAUCAGAAUAUAAUCGGACUCAAAUGGUCACAACAUCUAAUGUGAGAAUCACAGUGCUUUGACCUUCUGCCCAUCUGUUUUCAUCCUCCACACAGUUUCACAGUCCAUUAGUUUCAGUGAGCCAGAUAUUUCUUUGCAUAUUUGGUCCCACGGGUAUCAAAAAGGUAGAUUGUUCCAUAAGUAUCCUUUCAACCACAAUUAUGCUGGUUAGGACAAUUUUAUAAGACUACUAGUAGAGUUGCUUUUGGACAUUCCUAGAGCAUUUAUAUACAUCUCCAACUAACAAACAUCUCAAAGCGUUUUGAUAGUACACAGAGUUUAUUUACCUGGUGAGAAAUUAUAUUGAGAGCUCCAGAGACUUUUAUCUUGAAAUAUUAUAAUGGAGCUGGGAGCGGUGUGAGAAUCGGAGCCAGAUUUCCGUGCUUGACACGGCCGUACCAAGAGGGAGAUGACCAGUAUCCGUGUGAAUGCAUUCAUGUUCACAGAGGUAAUUUUCCCAACAUUGCAUUGAAAUGAAGAAGGGAUAUAGACUGCGCCGGCCUGCUCUGGGCUGGUUUGUGGGAAAACUUUCCCUAAUUGGGCACAAGAUCACAAAUAUUUAUGGGAAGGACAAUGCCAAGCUGCUGGGGCUGGGAGCUUGGUCUAAAACUGGUGCCUUAAGUUGGUGGCGGAUGACCUGCCAGGUUUUAUUCCUAUCUUUUGACAAUGGGCUUGAUACAGCUGACUUGCUGGGAUGUUUCAGUACACAAUUGAAGAAACGAGCAAGGAAGAUCAGGCAAAGAAUGCACUUCGGAGACACGAAGAGGUGCAGAUGCUGAAAUCUUGAGCAAAACACAAAAUGCUUGAGCAACUCAGCAGGUCAGGCAGCAUCCGUGGAGGGAACGGGAUAGGCGACGUUUUGGGCCGGGACCCUUCUUCAGGAAUGCAGAUUUCCAUUCUGAGAAGUUACUUAUUACACUAUCGGGAGAAUCCAGAAACUGUAUUAUCACCAUAACUGAUAAAGCACUUGAUAGCCCCAAAUUAAAAAAAUUAAAAUAAAAUUUUAAUCACACUGGUAAACAACAAUAUCCCUCUUUCCCUCGCCACCCUUCUCACCUUCCCAAAAUGUGUUUGCCUAGUUAUCAUCCUGCAACAAUUUAAAUUUUUUUUUGUGUAAAAUUGAGCCCGAAAUAAAAGCAGAAAAUGGUGGAA